CUCCUCCAGGGCUCCGGCGUGCGCCCGCUGCCUGCCCCGCUGUCUCGGUGGGCGCUGGAUGCUGCACCGGAGAGGGCGGCGGAGCUCCGCGGCCAGGGUCAUCCCGCGGGAAAGGCUUUGGGUUUCCUGUGCUGAGAAGUCGUCAUCGUCUGCAUCGAGAGAUGUUUCCCCUGCUGUUCGGCAGUGACAGGCUCUCAGAUAGUACUGGUGCCCUACAGUGUGCGUCUGAGGGGACAAAAUACCUGGAAGAUGAGAACUUUGUUGUGCUUUGCUACUCUGAGUUGGUACAUGGGAUGAAGGGAGCCUGACACCCAUCUGGAGAGGAGACCCCAGCCCCUGCGGAGCUGCCCACCAUGAGCAGGGCACUGCUGGCAGGCAGGAUGCAGCCAGAGGUCCGGAGCGUCUGCGUCUUCCUGCCCACCCGUGAGCAGCUCAGCCUGGCCGUCGGGGUCAAAGCCACUGGACAGGAGCUCUUUCAGCAAGUUUGUGAUUUAGUGAAGAUUAAAGAGCCUCACUUCUUUGGCCUCAGCAUUGUUAAAAAUAAUGAGUAUGUUUUUAUAGACCUGGAGCAGAAGCUUAGCAAAUACUUUUCAAAGGAAUGGAAGAAAGAGACCACCAAAGGGACAGAGAAAUUCAGCCCUCCAUUUGUUGCAUUCUUUAGAGUACAAUACUACGUGGAAAAUGGAAGAGUAAUAGGAGAUAAGGUGGCACGGCAGCUCUACUACUGCCAUCUCAAAGAGCAAGUACUUAUGUCUCACUGCAACCACAAAGAAGAAAUCUACUUCUUGCUGGCUGCCUACAGCUUACAGGCAGACUUGGGCAACUACAGAGAGAAGGUCCAUGCUGGCAAAUAUUUUGAACCUCAGGCUUAUUUCCCGCAAUGGAUAAUUGCGAAGAGGGGGAGCGACUACAUCUUGAAACAUGCCCCAGAGAUGCACCGAGAACAGCAAGGGCUCAGCGCUAAGGACGCGGUGCUGAAGUUCAUUAAGGAGUCCUGCCUGCUGGAAGAUGUGCCCGUCCACUUCUACAGGCUGCAGAAGGAUAAGAAGGAGGAUCGACCGACAGUUAUCCUGGGCCUGACCCUGAGAGGAAUGCACAUCUAUCAGGAGGUGAAUCACGUUCGCCAGCUCCUCUAUGACUUUCCCUGGUCGCACAUCGGGAAGCUGGCCUUUCUGGGGAAAAAAUUUGAAAUCCAGCCAGACGGUUUGCCCUCUGCACGGAAACUGGUUUACUACACGGGUUGCCCCUUCAGGUCACGGCAUUUGCUGCAGCUACUCAGUAACAGCCACCGGCUCUUUCUGAAUAUUCAGCCAGUUUUGAAGCAGAUCCAAAAACUGGAGGAAGCUGAAGAGAAGAAGCGCUACCGGGAGUCCUAUAUCAGUGACACUCUAGACAUGGACCUGGACCCGUGCGACAAGAACUCCCAUGGCAGCGGGAGCAGUGGCGGCAGCCGCAGGGACAACCGCCUCUCACGCCAGUCCACGGGAAGUCACGGCAGCUCCCACACCUCGGGCAUCGAGGCCGACUCCAGGCACCGCGUGUCCGUGGAAAUGUCGGUGGAUGAGCCCUUCAGCAUUGACCGGGUGCAUAGGAAGGAGAAAUCCUGCAGCUCAACCAUCAGCUACGGUAGCUCUGGCAUUGACAGUGGCAGCAAAGGACGGGCUGAAGAUGACACUCAGGAUGAUGAGCUUGAGCUGGCAGUAGAUGAGCCAGAGGAGAUGCCUGUAGAUGAGCCUUUAGAGGGAGACCAGUUAGAGGAGGCCACUGUGGGAGAAUCUGUUGAAUCCCUGCCUCUAGAUGCUGCUAGCUGCCAAGCUAUAAAUCAGGAAUCUCUGUCUGUGGUGCAAGUCACACUAAUCAAAAUGAGGGGCCAAAGUGUGGAAUCCCUUCACCAGGUCAGAUCGCCCAAAAGCAGGAGCUGCACAGACCAGCACAGCCAGAGUUUGGAUGACAUCCGCCUGUACAAGCGCCGGCACCCAUCCCUAAGUGCCACGCUGUCUUCAGACACGUCCCACAGCUACACCUUCGGCUGCAGCCUUGAGGAUAAGCUGUCUAUCUACGGCUGCGUGUAUUCCACAGCGGACUGCAAAACCAAGUCUGCCCUUUACGGGAAGCGAUCCAUGAACUGCCUCUCCUUGGAUCUUCUGGGAGAGGACCAGGUCCCAGAGGAGUUCGUGGUGUAAUGAGAUUGGAGCUCUUCCAUACCAGGAAACAGCUCAUCAUGGAAAUAUAUACCUCAUUAAUACAUGUGAUGUCACUCUGGUUCUUGUAGGAGGUGGUGCGUGGCUUUGUUAUUAUGCUCCGUAUCAGUGAGUGGCAUCACUUCUGCAGACAGGACAAAUCAACUGGAGUGUAGCACUUAACACUGGCAUUGGAAGUGUCAGUCUGAGCAGGAAAUGGAAGUGGCCUGCACCCUUGACAGUGACACAACCAACAUAAAAACCAAAAAACAGUGGACCAAAAUGAUGCUGAGCGAGUAAAGCAAACUGUGUCUAAAUGGAUUAAUCAGAAAGAAAUUUAAAGUCUAUGCCAUGUUCCUGCUUUUCUCUUGUGGUCCAUGUCUCUUAAUGCUAGUGUAUAGGUAGUGUGUUUGUCUUCAGUUUGUGCUGCUGCAACAUUGCCAACAGCUGUCAGGCCAGGAUAUAUUUUUAGCACAUUUGGAGGGCUGUGCAUGGAAAUGUCUGGCCUGUUUCAGUUGUAAUGAACACAAGUUGCUUAUUUGUUGCAUUGGGAGCAAGACCUGCUCUGCCAGGAGUUUCUUCUUUUGUUGUUAUUUUGUUGUAAGCAUCCAGCCACAUACAAUGUGUGGUGGUUUUUUUUUUUCUUUAUUGCAACAAAUGGAACUGACUGUCAGCUGUCUACUACUGCUGUGAUGCAGAUUAGCAUUAUAUCCUUAGGGGAGACAGGGAGGAGAUAAAACAAAUGACUUGGCUGCUUCUGAGAGUAGAGAGGGCAAGAGCAUUAGCUGACUGGCUUUUAAAGAGAGGAGUGUGACUGGACAAUUUGUCCAGGCAUGAUCACCCCUUACUUUGAUACAUACUUUAAUGUUGAUCUUUUCUUUGUUUUUAAUAAAUCUCUUCCUUAGAUUUUUUUUCCCCUCUGCUUAGGGGGCAAGUAAGGACUGGAGAAAGUCACUUUGUAAGGACAGACAGCGUGACUGUGUCCUACUUAGUCACGGAUAGGUCAUGCAAAUACGUGUGUGUGGUACUGCAGGGCUGGUGUAGGGUGUUUGUGUGCCAGACCAAGGGUACUUGUUUGGUCAUCUUGAGAGUGGUAGAGCUGGCUGUGCUGGCUCUUGCUAGGGAAAAUAAUCAUAAUUAUGCUGUUUGAUUCAAGCAUUUGGUGUGGAAAACGUCCUGCUACCUUGUUACAUGCAAAUAAAUAUAUGUUUGAUUUCCUCCCCUCAUCAAUUCCCAGCAUUGGGAAGCUUGCACUUGAAGGCUCAGCUUUGUGCCCAGCUUUUGACCGCCUUCUAGGUGUGUUUUGGCAAAUUCUAGAAGCAGAGGAAUACUAUUCUGCUGGUUGGGGAAGUGUGUGUUGUGUAGUCUUGGUCAUCAAAAGCUGAAGAUAGCCUAAUUCAGGAAGGGAAGGAAGCCAGACCAUGACAAGGAAGGUUUGAGCUGCUGUUUUGAUGAUGGGCUUGCAAGCUCAGUAGUUGUCUGGUAAAUUGCAUUCCCAUAAGUCAUUAAAGUAGCAAAUCCAUGAAGUCCAUCAUCUUGCUACUUCUGUGUGAGUGUGAUGUAGAGACAGGCUGUGCAGGUGUAUCUGCAUUUACUGAAGUGGGACCAGCAGCUCUACAUCCUCUGAGAUGAAUCCAGCACCAAAUCCAAGCUGUGUGUUUGAGGAAUGAAUGAUGGGCACAGGCUCACUGUAGCCACAACUUCAUUGACUGUGCCCUCUUUGAUCACACUGUUCUUUCUUUUUGUAAUGAACAAUUAGGAGCUGUGUGUUCACUGUAGCCUCUUUUCUUUUCUUCCAAACAAAGCCAAAAUGCCUUUGCAAAGUACUUGAGGUAUGUUUACUGCAUCCAAAAUGAAUUCUCCUAAAUGGAUAAAGGACAUCUGGCUGGUUACUCUUGAACAGUCCAGUCAAGCCUUCCACUGUCAGUGACUCCCUGUUACCUGGUUCCUGUCUGGUAUAAGCCACGGGAGAUGGGCAUGGCCCGGAUCCAGGAGGCCAGUGGCUGUACUGCAGGGAGCAGCCUUGCAGCAAUGCAGGAGCCUUGCUCUUGCAGCCACCAUGGAGCUGGAGGGAUGACUCUUACUGCAGCAAUGCCUGUCAAUGAAAAAGGUGAGGGGGGGAGGUCUGGAGUGAGGGCCCCGCUAACCUGUUGCUCUCCCACCCAUGCAGACGUGCAGUUACUCGUGGUUCUGGGAAUGGUUGUUAACAGGGGAAAAAAGGGUCAAAAUUCAGUGGGUAUAUUUGUUUGGAAAAGUGUCAUAAAAUGCAUGUGCACCGUGUGCACACUUCUCUCAAAGACAAUCACAUCCAUGUCUGCUUCAGCCUAACCACAUCACGGAAGUGUUUAUUGCCAGCAGGCAGCUCACUAUUCUGGUUUUGCAGUUACCAGGUGUCUAAAGGAUUUGGUGAAGCGCUGUAAGGCUGCUGCCGCUGGUUACAAAAUACACCAGUGCCUGAAAACAGUGUAACUGACUCUUGCAUGAGCAUCACUGCCUUGUACAUACCUGGGGGAUUCCUGUAUUUAUUCGUGGCUGGUAGGGAAGGCAAACUCUACAGGUCUGACCAUCUUCUCUCAGUGGUCUGUGCAGCUCCCUCCAGUACUGUUAAGUGACAUAUGCAUAUGAAGGGGAGACCAGACACUUUAGUGUAUAGACUGAAAAUGAAUCAAUGUCUUACGAGCACUGUGAAUAUCUAUUAUGCAACUUUUGUAUUCAUAUUAAGAAAACAAAAACACCUGUUCCUGCUAGUAGUAGAUUUAUUUUUUGUUUGGAUUUAGAAGGUCUCUUAUUUUUGAGUUUGAUAGUUUGGUAGAUGUUAGUGUGUAAGCAUUUAUCAGCUGAUGUUAGAAACUAGCUGCCAAUAUUUGUACAUAUUUGUAAAAUACUCAUGUUAUAAUCACUCUAUUUUAAAGGUAAAAGUUUCUCCUUUCCAUGAAAGGAAUUUCUUGUUUAAAAUAAAAUAUAAAUAAUUAUAUGUACACCUGCAAUAAAGUAUGGAUAGAAAA